CCUACCUCUUCAGCCCAGUACAGCUAUCAUUGGUCGCCUGCCGGCUUCUCCUCCUCCUCUUCGCAGGCAUUCUUUCCUGGCCGCAAGGCCGCGGAGGCAGCCUGAACGUCGUACAGAGUUCGGUCGAGGAAAUGGCGACGAAGAAGAGGAAGACGAUCAUUCUGAGAUCGCUCUAUGAUUUCGGCGAGUUGGCAUCGACGGAGCUGAUCCAGAAUGACAAGGAUGCUCAUGAUGACCCGGAGGCGGCGGCAUUCUUUUCCUUUGAUGCUUCCAACCAGGUAUUCUGCGCAGAAAUCGACCAAGAUGAUCAGGACACCACGCCACAAUUUCUUACUCGUAUGGCUGAGUACAUCGAGCACCAUGAAUCGAAUCAGCUCGGGUUUGAGGAUGAGCCACGAAUUCGCCCUGUGGAAGGAACCGUAAUGGCGGACAUUAUCCCAGAAGAAAGCCAUGAAGAGAGCGCCGAACAAAACGUUCUGUUACAGUAUCAGUCAGAUGAGGAAUCCGACGACCAGGACGCACUGGACGGAUUGCUUCAUCUGACGACCUAUUGGCAGCCUGCGAAAGGGAACAUCGGCAUACUUCCAGCUAUGUACGCAAAAGAUAUCACACGAUUGACCGGCUCUUCCCUCUUUGCGGAAGAAGCUGAAAAGCGCUAUCGAAUCUUCCAAGGAAACUUCAACUUGGCUCAUGAAAAGCUCUUGAGGCUUGAACCAUUAUUGGAAAUUUUUGAGAAACAGUCCAGCAGUCAAUCGUUCCCAACUGGCAAUCUCCUCAUCUGGCCUCCAAAUCAACCAGAUUCCAGGAUGGAGUUUGUGAGCAUGGACGCCGACCACCCGGGCUACCAACGCGUGAUCGUCGAUAGAGUGGAACAUAACCUCUCCAGGAAAGUUAUUGGAGAGCUUCGUCUGUGGGACUCGAAGACGCAGGAAUUCCACGUUCCUCGAAAUCUCCAAAAAGAAGCCAACAAGCCUACAGUUACAUUCGAAGCCUCAAAACUCUGGGACGCAGAGGUCUAUGCCGGCUUUGGCGAUCCGAAGAAUAUGGAUCCCAUUAUUAUCACAUCCAAUGCGACCUCGGCAGAUACCAAUGACCCCGCGACAAGCCAGGAACGCCCCCAUGCUAGAAUUGCCGCCUGGACGAACAAUGUGGUGCACUUAGCAAACCCAGAUAUCGCCCCAGAGGCACCGAUGGAAUCUGUAGCACCGGCGCGUCGCAGAGUCGCCAUGGAAUCAGACAGCGAGGACGAAGAGCCGUCUAUCCCUACACCGGAACCCGUCCCUUCAGCUGCCGAAGGCGUAGCGGAAACCCCCUCAGUUUCACUGUCGGAGGACGAGGAUUUGAUGGAAGCCGAAAGCCAACCUGUCCAGGACUCAAAAUCUCUUCCAUCACCCCUCCUAGACGACAACAAGAGUACCUUGAUCGAUCUAUCAGAAGAGGUCAACAUGGACCAGGCUGAUGAAGGAUCUGAGGCACAAUCCGAGACUCGUUCGGCCUCCCUACAUGAAGGACAUGAAGUGGAUAUGAUUGCAGAAUCACAUCAAGGACUUACACCCGGACACGAAGACGAGCACGACAAUACAAAUGUAUCAGGCGAACCAGCCGACGACCUUCCGUCUCAGUCCAAUGCUUUUCUGAAUACCGAAGCCCAGUCCCAUCUCCAGGCAGAAGAACCAACAGAGGCUGAGGAACUUACGUCCUCGGCUACAGAUAUUGCGUCCUUAAUGCCAGAGGCUCCGAGUGUGUCAUCCUUUGCAAGACCUUCUUUCAGUCCUGGCGAGCACGGAUAUGGAUCGUCUACUCGGCCGUUCCGAGGGCAGAGAGGUCAGCGUGGCUAUCGGGGGCGGAUGAACAGCCGUUAUCGUGGAGACGGUCGACGUGGAACUGGUGAAACCUACGAUCAAAGUCAAAGCCAACGCGUGGCGCAGUUCGAUACGAUCCCUCGGGGGCUUGCAGCAGACUUCUAUCCGCGAGGAAAUGGAAGGCUACGCGGACGCUACCCUUCCGAGAGAGCAACCAGGAGUCGUGGGAUUCGAGGCCAACGUGCUCCUUACAGCGCUCUCGUCGAUCUGGGAGCUCCUUCGGCCGGUGGUCGCCCUUCUACUGUGCCGCCAGGCCUGGAAUGUAGCGUGCCGCUCAUGCCUGCAGAAACGACAGACGGCAAUCUCAACCAGUCAAGUGAUUGUGGAGAGCGGCCGCCACCGAAUACUGCGCCCUCUGAAUUGGAGCUUCACUCCAGCGUAACAUCCCGAUCUUCGGGUUCGGGGCUGUCACGACUAAGAUUCAGCGAAGAGGGGUCUGACUACGUUACAACGUUCAUUCCGAAAUUGGAUCAAUCUGCUGUGAGGGAAAAGAGCUUACAACAGGUACAAGAGGCGAUAGCAGCGAUGAACAAGAAAGCGGAGGAAAAGUCACCCAAACUCCAUUCUACAAUGCGUCAAAAGGGGAGAAAUCCUGGAAGGGUACCUGCUAAACAGGAAACAGAAGCGGAGAAGAAAGCACGCAUAGCUGCGGUAUUGGCAGAAGCAUAUCCAAGUCCAACAAGUACACCGCCAAGGUCACAAGCAGCCUCUCCAAAGCCGGAUGAGAUGAGCAAAUGGAAGAGAGACCAAAUCAAGAAAAAGUCGGCCAUGGCUGAAGUGCAUCCAAAGCUUGUCGCAACCGAUCUCCGAGCUGCGCAGACGAAAAAGCUCAUCACUCUCUUGGAGCCAGCGUUUGAGAGUGGCAGAGCUUUCAGCGGUGAAUUGACGUUUGAGCUUCAAUUCGGUCAAGUUCUCAUCACACCCGGACCACAAUUGCGAGACCAGGUCUAUCAUAGCGUCAACGACUGGAACUCAUGCUUCGGCCAGCGUCCAGGACCAACACACACCUUCUCCAACUUCACUAAGAUCUUGACAUCCAAUGGUGCAGAUAUCGACCGUGUCCUCGAAAUGAAGGGAAGCACUGGGAAUGGCAUUCGCAGGCUUUGGAAUCCUUCGCCUGGUCCGCAAUCUGUCAGCUACGAGUUUCAUUGCCAAAGUCGAUCUAAUGAGGACUUUCAGAUCGUGAUAGACCAAUCUGGAAGCUACGAGUUGCGAAAAGGUUUGGUCACUGUCGGCGACGUCAACGUGCAUGUCCCAGCUCAGGUCUGGGACCUCUCUGCCACACUGACGGGGCCGUUGAAGUGGCCGGAUCCCCCAGAGACCGUCGCUCAGAGUGUCAGCGCGUUUGUCGAAUCUUUAUAUGUUCUGCCUGGGCGUAACAAGCUGCAGCUGGUGUUUCGACAGCCCAAUGACCAGGAAAUCCAAGUUCGCAACCUCGUUGUGAAACGAGACAGUUAUCACAGCAACAAUCUUCCGGACGGUCAGGACAUCCUGCUCAAGGCGACAGAGGCAAAGAAUCUGCAGUUCCGGGUUCACCCAGAGGAUAAGAGACUCUGGCAAGGUUACGAAGAUCCCGAGAAAGCUUACAAAGACUUUGCAGAUGGCGGUCACAUCCACUAUGAAAUGUCACUCGUUCAUAAUGGGAUCAAUGACGUGCUUGCAAAGAACAAGGCUCUAGAAAUUGGGGAGCUGACCGACCCAGAAACUACCGGAAAAUCUCUUCUUGUUCCCCCUGCCAUCCGUUCCAUGCUCGACAUUGCUGUCCAAACAGUUUCCAAGAUGGAUUUCGUCGGGCUUCGAAACUAUGGCACACAACAACGCCUGGCAGACAAGGCCCGCAAAGACCUUGAGCAACUCGAAGCAAUUCUUGGCUCGAAAGCGCAGACCAUCCUGCAAUUUCCCAAUAUAGCUCGAGAACCUUCACACGCAGCCACAAGUCGAUCUCCGAUGAUUAAGAAUAACAGCAACCCUGCUGGCGGAACAUCGGUCGUGCCACAACACGUUCCAGGUAUACGUAUGAACACAGAGGCUCAGGUGAUGGUUGACGGGUUGGGUCAUCGCUACCGGCUGGGUCUGGGUGGUGCGAGGAUCCCCCUUGUUGAUGAGGAAAUCCGAUCUGGCUCCGGAGAGUCGGUCAUACCGGAUGAUAGCGCAAGUCAAGUCGGUGCGCAGGUGCGGUCUGCGCCGAUAGGAUACAAGUUUACUGAGCGACAUGCGGGGUUUUGGUGAGAAGAAGCUCGUUUGCGGAUUGUGAGAGGACUUUCAGAGAUACUCCCAACGGUGACCGACAUGCUCUGUACGGGGAUGUGAGAAUCCUCUUUUGCUUUUGCUUUUUGGACGACUAUCAACUGAAGGGGGGAUAUUUCCCGAUUCCUUGGCUUCCACAGGGAGAAAAACACACGUUGGACUCGGAGGCACAGCGAGACAAGGUUACGAUUACGAAUGGAGUUCCAGGAAUUACCACAAGAACUUCCGCGGCUGGACAGAAUGGUUUUUCCCCCUCACAUCCAAAGGAUGUAGAUACGGGUCCUCUACAUGAGGUGCAGGAUAGCAUCAUCAGGCAUGGGCUGGCUGAUUUGGAGCAAAUGUGAUGGCUGAGCAUGACGAUGACGACGAUGACGAACCUUCAGUACACAAAACGACAACGGAGACAUGUGGCCGGGACAUUGCGGGCACAUUUUCUACUCACGAUCUGAUGACUGUAUGAUGUAUGUACCAGCAGCCGCACAACAACGGACUGCGAGCUGAGUCUGGGGUGGGACUGUGCGAACAGCAGCAAGAGCAUGCUCUGCCUGGAUACAGUCCCGUUUGAUGGCAGCGACGACAAAUGACUUUUCCAAAAGACGAUUGAUUCGGUUUAGUUGAGCUAGUGAUAGGUUGCCGGAUUGACGGGAGAGACACAAAAGAGACACAGAGAGAGGGUGAGAGACAGAGACAGUAGUAGAAAUGCGGAGGCCAGAUUCAGACUCAGACUCAGAUUCAGACUCAGACUCAGACUCAGACUCAGACUCAGACUCAGACUCA